GUUCCUUGAAUCAUACCUCUCUUUCUGAAUUUGCAUUUAUUUCAUUCCUCUGUUCGAUUAUUGAUGACCCUGUGUUCAUCUAGGGUUUUGAGGUGAAUUUGACCUCAAUUCCAUCGGUGAGCUUAGAAUUUUCACUUGGUUCAUAAUUCCUAACUUUGGAUUUGCCUGCGCGAUAUUGGUUAUUGUUGACACGUCCUGAAGACUCUACUUAACAAUUACAUCGAAAAUGUUUGUCAGUGCUUCAUUGACCCAGUUGUAAUCUGCAUUACGUUUUAAUUUGAAUUUUCAUUCUCUAUAUAUUUUUUACGCUUUCUUUUGAUGUUGUGUAUCGGAUUUAUUAUAGGAGGCAGCCUCCAAAUUAGAUGAUUUGGUUGUCUCUUAUGGCUGCGUUUUACUGGGGUGAAAUAUUUAUAAGAGGUUGAAGAACCUGGUUACCGGCUAUUCCACUUUAACUUGUGAAUUUUAGGGUCACAAUAGUACCUCGAACAAAGGUUUCGUUCUAAUGAACGGUUUGUGUAUAUAGAUGUGUAUUUCAGAUAGGGAGGCUAGAGAAAUGUAGUUCCACUACAUAUCCAGGGCAAUUAAGUUGCUUAACAAGUAUGUCCCAAUACAAAUAGCGGUCAUGUUGCAAAUUUUUGCCAGGGUUGAUUUUUCAAUGCUGUUAAAAAGAGAACUGAGUGAGGUAAAUGCUUAAGUGUAUGUCGAUCUUAAUUUGAUCUUAUGACACCAAUGCUUUCUUUAUGAUAGAUGACAAGCGCUUGGACAAAUAUGAGCUUUGCAAUCAAACAUAGGGAUAUAGAGUGGGAGUGGGAGAAUCGGGGUGGAGUUAUGGUUAUUUUUUUAAAUAUUUGGAGAUUCUUGCUCACUCUCAGAAGAUGUAUGCCUGCUAAUAUUCUGGAAAGGAUGAGGAGAUCAAAUUUAUUUUCAAUAUUGUUAUAGCUUUGGAGCAUCUUGGAGCAAAUGAGCAAUGGAGCUUGUGGAGCACGGCUCACCUCAAGGAUUGCUCUCUUGGUUUGCUUCAUAGUUUCGGUUUUAUUUAUUUUUGUGAAAUCAUUAGUGUAAUGAUGAUGAUAACAAGACGUUUCAGGUUUAGGCGUGGCUUCGGAAAGUGAGAGAAAUCUUCUUUACUGAUGAGCUUCCAAUUUUGUUUGUAGAGAAGCUGUGUAAAUUCUUCUAUAAGAUAUGAGUGGUCGGUUUUCUCGCACAAUUUAUGUUGGCAACCUGCCCUCCGAUAUAAGAGAAUCCGAAAUUGAAGAUCUAUUCUACAAGUAUGGCCGUAUAAUGGAUAUUGAAUUGAAGAUCCCUCCCCGCCCUCCAUGUUAUUGCUUUGUUGAGUUUGACAAUGCUCGAGAUGCAGAAGAAGCAAUUCGGGGUCGAGAUGGAUACAACUUCGAUGGUUGCAGGUUAAGGGUGGAGCUUGCCCAUGGCGGUAGAGGGCCAUCAUCAAGUGACCGACGGGGAUACAGUGGCGGUGGCGGUGGCGGUGGAGGUGGAGGUGGUGGCGGCCGCGGUGGCGGUGAUGGAGGUGGUGGGGGGCGUUUUGGGGUCUCACGCCAUUCUGAAUUUCGAGUUAUUGUUCGUGGACUCCCAUCUUCUGCAUCAUGGCAAGAUUUGAAGGAUCAUAUGCGAAAAGCUGGUGAUGUUUGUUUUGCUGAGGUUUCCCGUGAUAGUGAAGGGACUUUUGGUCUUGUUGACUACACUAAUUAUGACGACAUGAAAUAUGCUAUUCGGAAACUGGAUGACACUGAAUUUAGAAAUCCUUGGGCUAGAGCUUAUAUUCGGGUGAGGAAGUAUGAGAGUAGUCGUUCACGGAGCCGCAGCAGAAGCCCCAGCAGGAGCAGAAGUCCAAAGAGGGCUAGAAGCAGAUCUUUGGAGCGAUCUGUAUCUAGGUCACGAUCUAGAUCCAGAUCAGCAUCACCAAUCAAAUCUUCCAGGCCAAGAUCACGUUCACGAUCUGGAUCUCCACGCCAGGUGCUGUCAGGUAGCGGUUGAUUUACGGAUCAAAGCAGGUGGUUCUCUGGAGUUACUGUCCCAUUCUUGGGCAGUAUUAGCAUUAUGUUUGAGUUGGUUUAAUUUGUUUGAUGGAAAAUCAUUAAUGAACCAGAAUUGUUUUCUUGGUAAUUCAUCCGUUUGCUGAUUCUGUAGGGCCUAAACUUGUUUGAUGUGCUGCUACCAAUUUGGCUUUAUUUCGUUUAAACAAGAAUGUUGGAUGUCAGCCUACCGGUUGCACUUUUCAACGAGUUAGUAUGAAAUUGAUUAGUAUUUUAAAUGUUUUUUUUAAGUUUUGCAAGGAGGAAAUUUAUUUUAUAAUUAAUGAGAUUCACUGGCGCACCAUCAUCUAAACUUAAUCCGUUGGGAUGAGUGAAGUGCUAGUUCGAUACAAAUUACGAUCUUGUGACAAUAUGUAGCAUUUGAGCGGCAAACUAUGUUUUGAUACUUGGUGUUGAUUCGAGUGCAACCA